UGGGGGUCCCUGGACCCCACUUUGAGAACCACUGCCAUAUAGAAUACUGUGUUUUACAACAAAUGAUGUUACAACAGUAACAAUAAGCCUACCAACCAUCAGAAAAAGAAGGAAAGUAAAAUAAAGACAAAAGUAAUGUUACAUUGUUAAAUUAAUAUAUUAAAUUAGUUUAAAUGAAUGCUUUGAAAUUAAUGAAGAGUAUUGAAAGUGUUGUUUUAAUAUUUUUAAUUGUAUAGAUUUGGGAUUUUAGAUUUUUUGAAACUGCAGCAUUUAUGCAUUUCACUGUUUCACAACAGUUAGUUUGUGUUUGUAACAAAAGAGUUCUGUUGCAUUACUAAAACUCAGCCCAUUUCUCCAAAACAUACCCAUAAAUUGUUACACACAUAAUACGCCUCUUUAUAGAGAUGAUUCAUUAUAUUGCUAGUUUUUAUAGUCUGGAAUAAAAUGGUUUUAUAUUCUAUACUUGUAGUGUAGAUUCAUAUCAGUCUAAAUGCAUAAAAGAUGAGAUUGAUAGUUUAGCAGUGGUGAUAAAACUGUAAUACUAAUCAUAGUCUGUUUCUUUUGUUCAGUCCCAAUAGUACUUGCACAAUGCUCUAAGAUGGUCAUUGUCUAUAUAUAAACAGGACAGCAGAGAGAAAUUCCCCAUAACACACUUUGUUUUACACACCUGCCAUCACCAACGAGACUAGCUAACCAUUAACCAUCAGGUAACAAGCCAAGCCUUGGACAGUCAUUAUCCUGUAGUUUCUUUCAAUAAACAAAUCAUUGUUGAAACUGUGCUGUGGACCAAGGGAUAAUUGAAAGAUCAGGAAGGAAGGCUGAGGAAGGCCAACCAAUACCAGAGCUGCACCUUAUCAUCUAAUGUCAUUUCUCAGGUAGUUCAGGCUUUUUUACGGUAAGCACUAUAAAGAUUACAAGGGCAGGUCCAUGCAUCCAGAUCACUCUGCCUCGUUCUGACUACAAUGUAACAUGGUGAAUCAGGACAUGCUUGUAAUAUAUUUGAGUUUUGCUAUCUCCAGGAUUAUUGACUUCAUUCUCUGAAUAAAAGUAAGAAAGAGUGAUUAGUGCUAAGUUUACCAGAGGAACAAAGACACUAUGGCUGCAUUGGGGCUUGAGAUUCUGGGAAUAUCGCUCUCUGUUCUCGGCUGUAUCCUCAGCAUUGUGUGCUGCGCCCUUCCCAUGUGGAGGGUCUCUGCAUUCAUUGGAAAUAACAUAAUUACAGCUCAGGUUUUCUGGGAGGGCAUUUGGAUGAACUGUGUGUAUCAGAGUACCGGACAGAUGCAGUGCAAAGUCUACGACUCCAUUCUGGCUCUCCCUCAGGACCUGCAGGCAGCCCGAGCUCUGACCGUAGUGGCUGUUGUCCUGGGUAUCCUGGCUCUUCUGGUGUCUAUUGUGGGAGCUAAGUGCACCAACUGCAUCGAGGACGAGGUUGCAAAAGCCCGUGUGAUGAUCGUUUCUGGUGUCAUCUUCAUAACCGCAGCCAUCACGCAACUUAUCCCUGUAUCCUGGUCGGCCAAUAAGAUCAUUCGGGAAUUCUACAGUCCAAUUGUGCCUGAGGCACAGAAGAGGGAGAUUGGUGCGUCACUGUAUUUGGGCUGGGGUGCUGCGGCCAUGUUGCUGGUUGGUGGCUCGAUUUUGUGUUGCAGCUGUCCACCAGCAGAAAAGCAAGCGAAAUAUAUUCCUGCAAGCCACGUGGCUUAUUCCACGACUAAACGUUCAGUGGCUCCCAGCUCUUACAGCAGGAAAGACUAUGUAUGAAGACAUCUCAGCUGCAUUAGAAUGCUUCAGGUGAUUUUCUCUGAUGUCUUAGUGGUUAGAAAUGCAGCCAUUUGAGCUCAGGUGUCCCAAGCUGGUCAUGUUUUACCUGGAGUGUUUUUAUACACCACACAUCCCAAUGCAUGGACAUCUAAAGGACAUGCUGAAAUGAAUAUUUAUUCGUGUUCUUGUUUUCAGGACAUUCUAUAUAUUCUUAAGAUUUCAUUCUUGUUUACCAUUGAACCAUAUGUCAAUUUAGAUACAGGGUAAGUCAAUAAAUGUUUAUUUGUUUUACUUGUUUUAUUUUGGAACUUGAACUAUUGAUAUUGUGAUCUGUUGUUAAAAAAAAAAAAGUUUCAUUCCUAUCCAUUUUUAGGCCUUUUUUAUUUAAUUAUAAGAAAUAGAGUAAACAUAAUGUAACAUUAUUGCAUUUGUGAUCACGUUUUAAUCAGUAUCUAUGUUUAAAUGUACUCUCAUGCAAUCAAGUUUAUUAGCAUGCUUGUGAAUGAUCAAAAUAUUACAAUAAAUAUGUUUUUCAAUAUUUCAGCUUAGCGUCUUUUAAAUGUAUAAUUCAUGAUUAUGCCAGGCAUUUAAAUACUUAUAAAGCCUAUAUUUACAAUCACUGUUUAACAUGAUAUUUAGUCAUUUGCAAUAGCAUGAUAUUCAAUACUUUGCGAUAAUUAACUAAUAAGUCUUUGCUCAUUAGUCAAAUCAAUUGAAAGUCACAUUAAGAGUUCAUAUAUAACUUAAAAUAUUCUCUAUAGGCCAAAACAUUCUCACAUAUAAAUAAUUUGUAUAUUUCUGCUCAUAAUCUAUCAUCAUAAGUAAGCUGUUGAAACCACACACACAUUUUGCUAACCUGUCUAUUGAUUAGCAGCCUUACUGGCAUCUAUCAGUAGUGAUUAUUAUCACAGUCUACAAUUGUAUGUAGUGAUAUAACCUGCAAAAGUAGCCAUUGGUAUCCCAACCCUUAAGUAAGCUUGCUAGCAUUGCAGUGAGGAACUAUCACUGGAGACUGUGGACUUCAAUGCAAAAUAAAAAGCUAAUAGCUUUAUUAAAUAUGUUUGACAGCUAGCUUGCUAUAGGUUACAGAAAUGGAUUGUUAUUAGAGUAGCUAAAUGUAAAUAGCUAAGUAAGUAUUCAGAUUUUUUUAUUACAAAAUAUGUUCUGAAAUAAUAUAUUUUAUCAAAUAAAAUAUCAUGAUAAAAGUUCAUAGCAGUAGGUAAACAUUAGCUAUAUAACUUACAUUAUUUACAUUUACAUUUAUCUCAUUAAGCUGAAGAUUUUAUCCGAAGUUACUUACGAUUGAGACAUUCUGUACAACUGAGCUGUGGGUUAAGGGCUAAGUAUCUACUGUAAGCACUAUAACAUAGAUAGGAUCCUCAGACCAACACACUGUAAACAACCCAUGGUCGGUGGUUGCAAUGUUAUGCUAUCUACACCGUUGCACAGUACAUUCAGUAAAGCAAUAAAAGUUUAUAACAAAAUAGAUGGUAAUAAAUUAAUGUUUUGUUAAACACAUACAGCUGUACAUAACUUAUUAAUGUUUGCAGUGUUUGUUCCAGGAUCAAACUGAGUUAACGAUAAUAACACAAGAACUUAAGAACAGCAUUAUUUGAAUCCUGUUCACAGAUUGCCCUUGUGACUUAUAGCAGUAAAAUUGUCUUAGUGUUUUCUCUCUCUCUCUCAGUCCAAAGCCACACUACUGUAUUUCAGAGUAAACAGACCAUAAUGGGUUUGACUCCACUGUCUGCCAUUCAGUGACCCUCACAGAGAGUUUGACAGAGUUGUUCAAAGAGAUGUAUUUGACAUUAAAGCUUAGAUAAAGUUACCAUGUGUAGAUAAGGGUUUGUUUUAAAAAAAAAUGGAGAGCCAGAAAUUCUGAAGGAAGUUUGGAAGAAAUUUCACUAAAAGUAACAGAAAAAAAUGGUUUAUGAAAUAGUUCACAAAUCAACUGUUAGAAACUGUAAACAUAUUUCACCAAAAUGACAUGGGAAUAUUUUUAUUUCCUUUUAAAUCUUGCCUAGGCCUACUUCCUGUAGAGAUCAUGUUCAGUAAGAACUCGUCCCUUAACAAACACUGUGGUAAAACAGCCAAUCUGCCUAAAGAUGUCUAAACCCUUACUAACCAGUUCAGUUUUUAAUCAGACACAUCUAAUCAGACCAUCACAGGCAUUGUAUAAAUGCCUGUGAUGCUCCUCUGCCACAUUCAGAAUGAAAUUUUUCAAUGCAGUUUGUUUGUUUUUUUAUUUAUUUUAUUU